CCCAAGUCGAAGUUUUUCCGGCGCGCGCCGGACCCAGCCGGGGCGCCAUGCUGAACGUGGAGGAGUUCGUGAGCCCGGAGCUGCGGCUGGCGAUGUGCCACGUAAAGGAGGCCAUGCGGAUCAUUCUGCACUGCUUGGUGGUUUGCCGCACCAUUGGCGGUGCAGACUCGAUAGACCCGAAGUCUGUGGUCUCCGAGCUCUUUGACGUGGAGUAUGUGCGGAUCAACGAGCCCCGGCACGUGCAGGAGCUGGAGAAGACGGUAGAGAGAUUCUCCGAGAUCUUGGAGAACAACCUGGACAGAUCAGGUCGGGCGCAGCUGCUCUUCAACCUCUACACCGUGAAGGCUCGAAAGCAGAGCCUGUGGAACCGGCUGGUGGGCAGCGAGGAGAAGACGGUCUUCGAGCAGUGGCGGAUCCCCGUGUCCGUGCAGCCGCUGAACAGGUAUUUGAAUCCUGCCGACAACCUGCGAGAGGAGGCAAAUCUACAGGCCUCGGCCUCGCAGCAAGUGCAGCAGGUGCUGCACUACGUGAUUGCCAGGGCCAAUGCCAAGGUGGAUCACCUGCCCUCGCCGGAGAAGGACAGCGUCUCCUACAAGUUCGAGGUCGCCUUCGUCUCGGGCGACGGGAAGGAGAUCGGAUCGGGCUCCUUCUUGCCCCAAGGUCUUGGCUCGUUGAGUCAGACGAUCCGGCACCUUCCGUACAUGGCGUGAAUUCACCGGCGCCUUGCGCCGUGUGAAGUCAAGAAAUGUUUUUCCGGCAGCCAGGCGAGCGGUACAAAUCGAUAG